CAUUUUAUUGUAAUUCUCUUGACUUUACAGGAUGGCCUCUGCUGAACCUCAGUUUUGCUGCAGACUCAGCGUUAUCAGCAUCUGUUGAUGAAAUGAACGCAAAAUCUCCUACCUUCCAUCUGUACAGAGCAACCCACAAUGCUGUUACUCAGUUUAAGCAGGUGGAUAUCAAUACUUAUGACCUCACCCUUAACUUUGGCAUAAGGGAGACUAUGUGUAUUAAACCUCUGGCAGUUUCCCUAGACAGAUGCCAGUUCAAGUGGGGCCUGAAGCCUGAGCACAGGUGCAGUAGUUAUGUCCGUGUUUCUAGCGGGUUCAUUUCUCUGAGAGGAAUGAGCUGUAGUGUGAACGCUGUAAGCUCCAGCAGUGAGGAGAUAUUCUUGUGAUAAGAGAAGCAGACUGAACAGAGCAACAUCUGUCCUGGAGCUCGCAGCUGCCCCGGAGUGCUGUUGUGACCAGAUGGAUCUCUGAAAUUAAAGUGAGAAAUGCAACAAGCAGAUGCAAAUUUUAACAGCCUUCUGUAAAGGUUUUUGCCAUGUUUCCUCAAAAUUUUGAUAGAUA